CUCUAUGGAUAUUAUCAAUUUCACUGCACUUCAUACUCGCGCUUUGAACAACACUCAUGAUUUGAGUUGCGUUUACUCAAACUCGUAAACUGUAACAAUAUCACUAAAUUUCUGUUUGAGCUGUUAGUGGAAUAUUUUCACUAAUAGUAAUGUUGUUGUACAUCACUUCAAGUCAAAAGUAGCAGAACAUGCCUUUUUUGAAGAUCAUGAACUCACUACUAUUGACAUAAAAAUCUUAAGACAAAUUUCCCAUCCAUGGAAAUUAGAUUCAGCAGAAAGUUAAGAAAUAUUCAAAAACAACUCCAUCUCUUUAUUAAACCGAGACCAAGGGAAUAGAUCUUCUUGGCUUUUCCAGUUACUACCCAUAUCCAAGAUAAAAACAAACAUAGAAAACACUUAACUCUUCCAGUUUUCUGUUACCUGUUUUUACCUUUUCAAUUUUUGUUGUUCCUUUUGUGGUUUACCUGCUUGCGUUUCUACUUACUUACGUUUGUAUGAAAAGAACUUCACUGCAGCAUUCUUUCAAUAAACUUAUAAAACCGAUACACUGAAGAAGGAUGCAAAUAGCAUUCCGAAAUACGUAUAUGUAUUAUAAUGUUUGAUACACUUUCGGAAAAAUAGUGACUUUGUGAGAGUGUAAUGACGUGAUAUAGUGGAAUUCAACGGUACAACAACAGUACUAUUAGUGUAACAAUAUGUUAAAAUUUAGUAUGAGUUGGAGUAAAUGCAACUCAAAUCAAAAGUUCUCUUGCUUUUAACCAUACAUCAGAGUAAGCGUUGAGUUUUCGAAUAUAUAUACACCCAAACCUCCGUUUACGAACACUUUUUAUACGUUACCUCUUUUUACGUAACUCUUUUUACGAAUCAAAUCCCAAAUAACGUAAUCUUUUUUUACGAACCAAAUCCCAAAUAACGUAAACUUUUUUUACGAACCUACUUCGUAAAAAGAGGUUUUGGCAUACAUCGAAAGCGAUUUCCGACUCCAUGGAAACUACUACAAUAUGGGUAUUUUUGGAACGGGUUUAAAGAGUAGAUUCCGGAAAAUGAUGUUUGAGAUAUUUUGGAAAUCCAAGAUGGCGACUUCCGGUUGAUUGAUAUUCUUUGAAAACCCUUACAAUAUGGGUAUUUUCGGAACGGAAUUGAUGACUAGAUGUAGGAAAAUGAUGUUUGAGGUGGUUCUGAAAUCCAAGAUGGCGUUCCGAAAAUACUCAUAUUGUAAGGGUUUUCAAGGAAUAUCAAGAAACCGGAAGUUGCCAUCUUGGAUUUCAGAAACACCUCAAACAUCGUUUUCUGACAUCUAAUAAAUUCCGUUCCGAAAAUACCCAUAUUGUUAGGGGUUUUAGGCAAUCUCAAUAAACCGGAAGCCGCCAUCUUGGAUUUUGAAACGAGCCCAAACAUCAUUUUCUUGCACUUACUCUUCACAUCCGUUCCGAAAAUAACCAUAUGAUGCGCGAUUUCCACAUUAAUCACACAAAACAUUUUUUACGAAUAAAUUCCAAAUAACGUAAACUUUUUUUACGAACCAAAUCCCAAAUAACGUAAACUUUUUUUACGAACUACCUCUUUUUACGAACCCACGUUUAGUUCGUAAACGGAGGUUUCGGUGUAUUGAAAAGUAUAUGCAAUACGCGUGUGCUACAUACAUACAUUUAUUUGCACUACAUCACAUUCACGAUAACACAUAAUCAACAAUAGUACACCACAAUACUCGGUUUAUGGCGGCAGCUCUCCAUCCUUCGCCAACCCCACACCAUUCUUAUGCACACCGAAGAACAUCGUUCUUAACACGCGUCGCUCAAAGUGUUUGCAGGUCCUCCUCGAGCAUGAUCCAUGCUUAUGAGCGUUUUACGUGAAAUUUUCGAGAUAUGAUUUUUUGAAAUUCCGCGUUUUCGAAAAAGAGCCUUUUUCAACAGCCUUUACUGUAAAAUCUAAUAAAAAUACAAAAAUUCGCCCAAGACAUGAAAUGUGCGUCUUCUCCUUUGCUUUCAAAUAAGCGAUUCCAUAAAAGAACCUUUAAAGUUAAUAUAAUGAAAAAAGUUAAAAAUUAAUAAAAAAAUUAAAAAAAAUCAAACUUGGGUCUAAUUUUGUUGUUGUUGAAAAAAGAAACCUUAGGGGUUUAACUCAAUCUUGGCAAAGUUUCAGAGUGGAAAGAUCAAUACUUUCGGAGCAGUGAAUUUUUUAAUUACGACCCGCACGCGCGGAGCGUACCGCAGUAUAGGGAUGUCCGAUACCGAGUCGAUACUUUAAGGCAGUGUUGGUGAUUGCCGAAAAUUUGACAGAAGCUGCUAUAUUGCUAUCUAUAUUGUAUACAACAUUUUCAAUCCGGUAGAAGAUGCUACAAGAACUCGAGUCUCUCAAUGCAUGAACCAUGAGAGAAUUUUGCUACAUUUCUUCGCUCCACUUCAUACUCUGAGUAUUUCACGCCCUUAAAAAAAUUUACAGUCUGAUAAUGAUCGUUGCUGUGUGGAAUUUCCCAAGAGAGAAUCGCAAGUUGACAAUUGUCGCAGAAAAUCGAAUCGAUGAUUCAACUUGAUGAUUCUCAUACUAGGUUGCAAUAUUUCAAAACCCUUGUGUGGAGCAUUCACAGACAUUUUCAUAGACACAACUUAUACAAAGGUUAUAUGCACAUAGUUAGAAUUAGCGGCAAUAGUAAAAUGAUUCUAUCGCAAUUAUCAACUGCCUGUAUAGAAUAGGAUCGCGAAACGAGAAUAAGCGACCGUUUGUUGCUUCAGAGAGGAUCCCCACAGCAGCGUGCUAACAUUUGAUUCUCAGAAAUGUCAUCGAGAGAAAUUCGCUCUCGCACUGGUGUCGAUUCUAUGUUAAAUGAACCAUGCCAGGUUUUUGUUGUUGCGAUGAUUUCCGUUUCUCUUUGAUGGCGCUGAUUCAAUCGUUGAAAAGUUGCCAGUGAACGUUCUUUGAUACGAUAAAAGCCAUCCUUGGUUUAAGGUAUCGAUACUGUCUUUCAAGUAUUGGGUAUUUUUGGUAUCGAUGUCGCAUCAGAGCGAUACUGUUAGUAUCGAUACUUUUGGUCUCGAUACUUACAGUAUCGCAACAGAUUGAAAUCAAUUCUUAUUACGACGGAACAUUUUUUUUUGUUUCAAUUAUAGAGGCUUUAACCUUAAGGUCAUUCCCCUCUUCGAGCCCAAAAAAUUGCGGAGUUGGGAAUCGAACCCAGAUGAGCUGCGUGAAAUGUAUUGGUAUGACGUGGACUAGCAGUCGUUAAAAUUCGUUCUCGACUAUCUCGCUUCGUCCCACAGUUAUGACCGAUAAUGCAUUUAAAGCGAAAGACAUCGGUCUGCGUGCACAGAAGAAAAUCCUAUCUCGCAUGGCGACCAAAAAUGUGGCGAAGGUGUUCAUCGAUGGCACAACCGCAUCGCUGCUGGACAACGUGUAUCGGUUGGCGAAGACACACACCGGCAGCAAGAAGGAUGCGGAACGACUAGUCAAAAACGUCAUCAAAAUCGUGAUCAAGAUUGCCGUCCUGCACCGCAACAAUCAAUUCAACGCCGAUGAGCUGAAGCUAGCGGAAAAAUUUCGCGCCAAGUUUCAAACGCUCCAGAUGGCCAUCAUUUCGUUCUACGAGGUGGAAUACAGUUUCGAUUUGAACUACCUGCUCAAGUCACUGCAAGCGGUGCAGACGUUGCUGAAGAACUGUGUCGAGCGUCACCUGACGGAGAAAUCCAUUGGCCGCAUAAACGAAGUGUUUGCCUUCUUCAGUGAACCGGCACUGCUGGAAGUGGCGUUCAGACAGGAUUCGCCCUACCGGGAGCUGAUGGACAAAAUUAUUGCCGAUCUAAACAAAGCAAUGGAAAAUGGAGAUAUUUAAAGUUGUUCUUUUUUUUUGCAUAUCACUUCGAGAUGCUCAGAUAUUGUAAGGCAGAAGUAAUGCGACUGCGAACUUAAAUUAUUCUAUCUUGUUGUUUGAUAAUUUAUAUUAUUUUUGCUGUUCAAUUUGUUACUUGGCACUGCAAAGAUGCGACUUGUAGGUAAAGAAAACGAGCCAUCUUGAAACAAAGAGUGAACUUUUCAAAAUAUAUUGUACUGAAUUAUACGCUUAGCUAUAAGUAGCAUGUACAUAAACACUGUUUGCCUGAUAAGUUUACUGGUGAUUAGUUUAAAUGCAACAACGCGUUAAGUAAGGUAGAACAUUAGAUGAGAAGGGUGAUUUCGAUAGGCAAUGCACAUGGUUAUUACAACUCCCCAAUUGAUAUUCAAUCAAAGAAUUUUUUAUUCGUGUUUACAUUUCUCAAACUGAACUUUAAAGUCAUCUAUCUAUCACAUUUGUUUUUCAAUUGAAGCAUAACAACAUGAAUGAAGCCAGAUUGUCACCGGUCUCGCUUUAAAAAAAGCUUCUAAUUGAAUGCGUUAGAGUGGAGUUUUAUUUGAUUUGCAAUCCGAUGAAACAUUAAAAAAAUUGUACUCUCAUUUCAAACUGGAAAAAGCUACAGACUUAUUUAUGUGUGCAUUUUUCUAUCGAACACCAAUGUAGUAGCUGUAACAUUACUUUAAGCCUGAAAGCUAGAUAACACUCAAAGAACUAAUUAGUCAUUAUCAUGUUAGAUGAAAAACACAUUCAGGAACAGCUGCUUUUUUUUUGAACCAAUACUUGUUGUACAAUACCCAGGCUGACCAAAUCUACGGCAUGUCAAAACUCAAGCACAUACAAUUGUCAUUGGGAGCAUUGAUUCUAGAAUAUUCUCAUAUUUAUAGUUAAAUUAUGCAAACUAGAGUAGAACACGUAAAAAAAUAUCACCGGUUUUGGUAGAACUCUACUGAGCUCAACUGAUAUUAAAAGAUAAGAUCUGCAUCUUGGAUUGAUUGGAAUGAUAAUUUGAAAGAGUUUGUUAAGGAGAUCCUCUAAUGUCAAAGUAAAAAAUGGAGCUAUUAUCUUUAAAGAAAUCAAUUGCGAUGUGAAGAACAAAUUUGAUUUUUGACGUAAGACAACGUCUUUGUCGGACUGCUAGUGGCGACCUCAUUUUCAGCCUAAAAUUAUAUGGAGCAGUAGGUACGCAAAUCGCUCCUAACUGAGCUAUUGCAAAAAAAAACAUUUUCAACUCGAUUAGGUUAAAGCUGGGUAAUAAUUUUUUACUGGCCCUAUAUGCUUCUUUUUGCUCCAGUACCGUAUUUACUACCUCAUGUUGUUGUUGACAUUUCAAACAAAGCUACUGAAACGAGUUCGCGACAAAAUCAGAGCAGAUUAAAAUUAAUUUACUGUUAGUUCAAUCCAUCCAUUAUUAGCCAUCUCAAAACUAAUUACAAUUACUUAAUAAGGCUGCAUGAAGAAACUACGAACUUUUGAGUUUAUUCCAGCCAUUGGGGUUUGUGCAGACUUCUCUGCAACCGAUUUAGCUGCUUUAACACGCAAAACGUGUUCGUUCCUAACCAAAAAACAAACCACCAUCGCGAGUAUAAAUUUGUCAGUACCAUCGUUCGAGCAAGCAUCACCGAACCAAGAACCGAUGCUGAUGGCAAAUGAACCGAUGCUCUAGGUUUGUGAGCCUAUCUUUCGUUACUAGUAUGUUCAUGAACAUCCGAUUCGAGUACUAUUAGGUUUUGCACGAACAUGACAUAACCUCACAAAAAUGAACAGAAUGAACUUUUUUUGACAGUCGACGUGUACUUGUUUACAGUUUAAAAGUUCACCAGAAGUUCAUCGUUCGAAUGUAAAAAUUGCAAGUCGCCUCACACUCAACAGAUUUAUACAUAUAUCGCUCCUUGUUGCUGGAAGCACAUACAGGGCAAUCUUUUUAGUUAUUUUCACUGUGGAAUAUGUUUUAGACAGGCACUUUUUCGUCAUUUUUUCAAUUCAAAACCCAAUAGGCUGUUGCUUCAGAUGAACCGAACUUUGUCAGCUGCGGCUGGACGUUUCAGUGUUUGGGUAGCUUAGCAGAGUAUGGUAAUUUUGUACAUUUCCGGCAAGCGUAGGGUGGCUAAAUAUGAUAAAUUAAAAAUGUGUUGACAUUUGCAAAUUCGAUGUUGAAUAAAUUGGUGAGUCAAUAGCAAUUAAAAUUGAGUGAUUUUGGGCAUUUCCAACGAGUGUAGCGUAGUGCCUGUAUAUGUAAAAUAGAAAUUUUGUCGACUCAUGUCAUUUCGAUGUUCUAUUGAUUGGUGAAUCAAUAGCAGUUCGAAUAGGACAAUUUCGGCAAGCGUAGGGUGACGCAAUAUGAAAAUUUGUAAAUAUUUUGACUUUUAUCAAUUUGAUGUUUUAUUAAAUAUUCAAUCAAAAGCAAUUUAAAUUAAAAUUUUUCGAUUUGAAAAAUUGACAAAAAGUGAAUCUUAAACUAAUUCGAUGGUCUGUUGAUUCUGGAAACAAUAGCAGUUUGAAUUGGAUAUUUUUUUACAUAUUUAUCGAUCGUGAGUGGCGCUAUGUGAAAAUUUAUGUUCCAUUCAAUAGUGAAUCAAGAGCAAUUAAAAUUGGAUAAUUUUGAACAUUUUCGACGACCGUAGGGUGGGUGUUAUUUGGAAAAGUUUUGUCUUAUGUCGUUUCAAUGUUCUAUUAAUUGGUGAAUCAAUAGCAGUUCCAAUAGAAUCGUGUUGGAUAUUUCCAGAGAGCGUAGUGUGGUCCUAUUUGAAAAAUGUUAGUAUUUGAAUUUGUAGAUCCGAUGCUUUAUUGAUUGGUGAAUGAAUUAAAUUUGAAUAGGAUAAUUUCGGACAUUUUCAGUGGGCGUAGAGUGGCCUUAUAUAAUAUAAUAUAGAAAUAUUUUACCUUUUGUUAAUUCAAUGUUCAAUUGAUUGCACUAAUGAAUAUAGCAGCGAAUAUGCAAAAGUCAAAAUGUUCACCGUUUUUCAUAUUGAACCACCCUAAACCUCUCGCUAAAAACGUCCAAGAUUAUCCAAUUCUACCAGUUACUCAUUCGCUCAUCAAUUAAUUGAACAUUAAAAUAGCAAAAAUAUUAAUAUUAAACCCCCUUCCAUCGCUGAAAAUGUUCAACAUUAUCUUACACUAAGGUCUCUUUUUACACCUUUUUUUCGCACGAUUUUUUUAUACACGUCUUUUUACACGGAUUCCGGAAUUAGCACGGUUUUUAUUUACGCGGUUUCUGAUGAGAGUUUAAAAAGCACUGGCAUUUGUUUUUUGAAAACAAUUUAAAAAAAGGGAACAGGUUGUCUGUAAGAAAACGAUUAUGAGAGCUAAUUUAAAGUUUGAAAGUUAACUAAAAUCAUUCAUUCAACAAUUCACGAGAUCAUUGACUGUCGUUCCAUGAAAUGAUUAAUCAGUCUUCAGAUCUUGAAUCCCUGUCGUAAAUUACACGACAACGUCCCUAUCGCUCAGUUGUGGUGUAUGAUAUCAGCAUCGUCAUUGAUAUCAUCGAGAAUUUCGUAGCGUUGAAGAACUAGUCGAAUUUACUAUUCAUUAAAUCAAGCAGUACAGUGUUUUAUACCCAUUUGUAUGAUGUAACUCUAGUAGUAUUAUGAUUUACAACGAUGAAAUAAGUUGCUUCAGCAUGACACAUAGUAAUACCUUUUCUAAUUUGAUCCAAAUUCAUCUCUAUGAAUUCUUUCCCUUUAAUUCUGUCGCUGCGUGCAUAGAUCUUCAUCCAAUACCCAUGUCUUCCCACUCAGUUUAGUUGAACAUGACUAUCAAGAUCGUUCAUUCAUCAAUAGAGCAUAGAAUUGACAUUAGUCAAAAAGUAAUUAUUAGGUGUACAACUUUGCUUCCGCCGUUUUUUUCCAAAAUUUAAAGCUUUAUUGCAAAAAAGUGCUUACAGAUGUAUUACUCAAAGUAUUGUCCGUCGCUAGCGACAACUUUCUCCCAUCUUUCCGGAAAUUUUCGGAUCCCGGCUCGAAAAAAGGAGUCCUUUUUUGACGCUAUCCAUGAAGCAAUCCAUUUUUCCAACUUUUCGAAGGAUUGAAAAUGUUGAUCUGCCAGGCCGUGUGCCAUCGAACGGAAUAGGUGGAAGUCAGAAGGGGCGACAUCUGGGGAAUACGGCGGGUAGGGCAAAACUUCACAUUUCAGCGUUUCCAGGUACUUUUUAACCACUUUUGCGACAUGAGGCCGAGCAUUGUCGUGUUGGAGGAUGACUUUGCCAUGUCGCUCUUGAUACUGUGGCCGCUUUUCUUUUAGUGCGCUACUAAGGCGCAUCAAUUGCGUUCGGUAGCGAUCGUCUGUGAUGGUUUCACCCGGUUUUAAAAGCUCGUAGUAAAUUGUUAUUCAUCUUUGAAGGUUUUUUCUCUUCCACCAUCAUGUUUGUCUUCGACAUCGAAAUCACCAUUUUUAAAACGUUGAAACCACUCCCGACACGUUCUUUUACUCAGAGCAACAUCACCGUAAGUUUCUGAAAGCAUUCGAUGCGCUUCAGCUGCAUUUUUUUCGAAUUGUAACAGAAAAGUAAAACUUCCCGCAAAUGGCGAGAAUUGGGCACAUAAACAGACAUUUUCGAGCGUGAAUAAUACGAAAACAAGAACAACUGUCACUGAAACGGCGAUGACAAUUCGUUAGGCACUGUACACACUCACUUUAAAGGCAUUAUCAUCUAUGUAUUUUAACCAGCCUCAGCCGGUACAGCCACCUAUCGGAAAACGGCGGAAGCAAAGUUGUACACCUGAUAGUAGUAGUAAUUCACUAUCAAAUGAAACAUGGAAUCAGCAAAAGUUUACAAAUUUUCAAAAACAUUCACAAAUUUUCAAAUUGCGCCACCCUACACUCAUCGAAAAUGUCCAAAAUUAUUCAAGUCGAACUGCUAUUGACCCAAUAAACCAUCGAAUUGGUGUUCGUUAAAAAUUAUACAAUUUUUCACCUACGGUGGCAGAGAAUGUCUAAAGUUGUUUUUUUUCUAUUUAAAAACAACAUAAAAAAAAUCCAAAUUUUCAAAUUGUGCCACUCUACGCUCUCUGAAAAUGUCUAAAGUUAUCCAAGUCGAACUGCUGUUGAUUCACCAAUCAAUAGAACAUCAAAUUAACAUUAGUCCAAAUAUUUUCCAUAUACGAGGUCUGUUCAAAAAGUUCCCGGAAUUUUUUAAUUGCGCGCGUCUGGAGAGUCCGGUGGUCAAAUUUUUUUUUAUUGUGUUGGUACAUAUGUCCCUAAUGUAUGGUGAAAUUUUCAGCUGUAUUCAUUGUUUACAUUCUGUCUUGUAGCGGCUGGUGUAGACGUGUUUUUUUUUUGACCACCGGACUCUCCAGACGCGCGCAAUUAAAAAAUUCCGGGAACUUUUUGAACAGACCUCGUACAGGUACGCUCGUUAAAAAUACCUGAAAUUACUCAAUUUAUUUGCUAUUGACUCACCAAUGUAUGAGGCAUCGAAUUUGCAAAAGUAAAAGAAUCCCUUUUUCAUAUUGAGCCACUCUACGUUUACUGAAAAUGCCCAAGUUAUAGUCAAAAAGUUUAAAAAUUUUGCAUAUUGAGCUACCGUGAGCUACCGUAGGAAAAACAAAUAUCGAGCCACCCUACGCCAACUGAUAAUGUCCGAAAUAAUACCAUUUGAAUUGCUAUUGAUCGAUUUAUCAAACGAGCAAAACAUUUUUGCCUUUCUCUAUAGAAAGAUAUUAGAAUUGCUGGAAAAACCGACUUUCGAACGGAGCCUCGGAGACCCAUAGUGUUAUAUACCAUUCGACUCAGCUCGACGAGAUCGGAAAAUGUCUGUGUGUGUGUGUGUGUGUAUGUGUGUGUGUGUGUGUGUAUGUGUGUGCACUUUUCGAAGAUAUUUGAACGCGCUCAAUUUUCUCAGAGAUGGCUCAACCGAUUUUAACAAACUUGGGCUCGUUUGAAAGCUACUGUCGGGCCAUUGAUCAAGUUCGAAGAUCAAAUGGCUGUGACUUUUGGUUCCGGAGAUAUGAUUGUAUAAGUGACGUAACCGACAAAAAUCGUGCUAUUUGAACGCGCUCAAUUUUCUCAGAGAUGGCUGAACCGAUUUUAACAAACUUGGGCUCGUUUGAAAGCUACUGUCGGACCAUUGAUCAAGUUCGAAGGUCAAAUGGCUGUGACUUUUGGUUCCGGAGAUAUGAUUGUAUAAGUGACGUAACCGACAAAAAGCGUUGUAUUUGAACGCGCUCAAUUUUCUCAGAGAUGGCUCAACCGAUUUUAACAAACUUGGGCUCGUUUGAAAGCUACUGUCGGGCCGUUGAUCAAGUUCGAAGAUCAAAUGGUUGUGACUUUUGGUUCCAGAUAUAUGAUGGUAUAAGUGACGUAACCGACAAAACACGUUGAUUUUUACCGCUCUUAUAUAUAUAAGGGUGCCAAAAUUUUGGGAUCAACUCUAUUUCCGUUAAGUUCUAGUGCUCAAAAGUUUAAGCACCUCGAAAAAAGCCUUCAUGCAAAAUUUGACCUAAAUCGGACAUGGUUAAGGGGUGCUGCCCGGUGGUAAAGGUUUGGCAAUUUUCGAUCUUGAAAAAGCACCAUAGGGGGGAGUACAUGAAAUUUCCAAAAUCGAAAAUUUUUUUUGAUGCCAAAACUCUUAAAACUGCAUAAAACAUCGAAAUUUAGUGUCAUCUCGAAAAAAAAUUUUUUUGAAAAAAUCAACUUUCUGGGACUUCGUAUUUUUUCUAAGUCCCAAAAAGUCGAUUUUUUCAAAAAAAAAUUUUUUCGAUAUGACACUAAAUCUCGACGUUUCAUGCAAUUCUAAGCCUUUUGGCAUCAAAAAUUUUUUUUCGAUUUCGAAAAUUUCAUGUACUCCCCCCUAUGGUGAUUUUUCAAGAUAUAUGAAAAUUCCACUAAGUGGACUAAGAAGGCUUUUUUUAGAUUAGCAUCACUGUUCUCAUACAAAUAGGCAACGCAAAUGUCAAGCACUAGUUUGGAAAAAUGAUGCUGACUGUGUGACAUAAACACUUAAGCAUGCUUUUGUGAACUACUCGAAUCAAUCUGAAUCUAUUGGUGUCAAAAUUAGUAUCCAAAUUUAUUUAAUAAAAGUAUGAAACAUAUUUUCAUGAGACUGUUAUGAAAGAAGAGAAAGGCAUUAUCACACCACUAGGUGGAUUAAGAAGGGUUUUUUUUUCUGCUAAUCACGUGUGCAUUGAUAAUUUCAAAACCAGGAUGCGAGAACUGAAAUCAACAAAGCAUCGUAUCGAACGCAGUUUACUCGAACCUCGCCGAUGGUCCGUCCGCCAACCGAACGGUUCGAAACCGAUUGCUUCGCCGAACACCUUCGCAUUAAUCGAGGGAAUAGUUUUCGAACCUAUCGCAUCCUUACGGUCGGUGAACAUUUUUGAGUAAAUUUGCAGAAGCAUCGGCGUUCGGUUCGCAAUUUACCACCACAGAUUACCUGUCAAACCAAAUAAUGUUUGGCAAAUUUGGCCUUUUUACGUCCUGAAAUGGUGGUGGUAAAUACGUGCUCACAGUAAGAAUGUCAUGACAAUUACUUUGAUUGCUGUCAUUUUUAUAAGUCCAAGGGCGUAUAAUAUUCUGUAUUAACGAUGAGUACCCGCGCAAAGAGACAUUUUGAGCUAGUACAAAAUAAUUUUUGCAAUAACUUUGAGAUUUUGUUGUUGAUUUAGUUUGUGUGCCGAUCGACUCGCACGUGAGGCAUUUAUUUUCAUCGAAAUUGUUCCAAUUUUUCUAGAAGAUAUAUAUUUUCUUCAAUCGAAAUACAUAAAUUCACAGUAAAACAUACUAUUAAGAAAAAAGUUCGUAAUGUGUUUCUUAUAGUCAGUCCUUGCGUCAGUCCCGCUUUUGUGAAUAUAUCUUCGAAACAGAAAAUCAAAAGCCGUUCAGUAGAUACUUCGCAGUUCAUUCCUUUAGAGAAGCAGUCUCAAGGAGUAGAGGAUCCCUGUUAAUGGUAUAUCAGCACAAUCGAACACGACUUCCGUUGAAAAGAAAAAUUAAGCUCCGCAACGGAAUAUAGUACCAAAACUUUGCUUACACAUAAUAUCAAUAAUUCAGUAGUUUACACGAGAGCCAGAAUUGCUGAAUUAUUUCGUAGUGGCCGAUUUACUUGUGCUAUUGACAUUACGAUUGAUGUAAUAAGCGAUUCUUUCUACAGCAAAAAAAAACUCAUUCGUUCACAAUGUUGGUAAUUAGAAAAGGAUAAUGACUUGAAAUAAGCAAACAUACGAAAUGAGCUUCAUAUUAAGAUAUUCGAUAUAUUGAUGGAUUUUGAAACCGGACUAAUCUAUCCCCUGGAAAGCCAGUAUCGAAGAGUGCCUAAAAAAUCUAUAUAUUCGCUAUUUGAAUAACCAAAAACAAUCGUCACAUAUUAUACUGAAAUUAGACCGAUGUUAGACACCAAGAAAUGAGUAAAGGUUAUAUGUCCUAAAAGAAGCUCUAAUAAUUAACAAGUUAGUCAAUAGACUCCAGUAAUGAAUAAGAAAAACAUCUAAGUCAUAUGGCCGAUUCCUGUCUUACGUACCGAAAAACAGCACUCAUAUCAAGAUGUAUAAUGAACAAUAUUUAAAAAAAAAACGGAUAUAUUAAAUGGUAUAUUGCACAUGUACUUAAUCUAACAAAUUUUCCCAGCUCAGAAAAUAAAGUCCUUUAAUGAAACAAAUAUAUUUGGAGCAUCCGUGUUAAUACUAUCAAAUACAACUUGUAUCCGACACAGAACUACAAAACAGGUUAAGAAAAUGCAAAACAUUUACGCAAAACUAUUUUUUGUACAACAGCAACUUUUGGAAACACUAGAAAACCUAGACCAGCCCUUCUGUUCUGUGAUUGGAUACAGACCAACCGUAUUAACAGUAGUACCAAACAUGAAUAAGUGUAAAAAGAGUGGUUCAGACUGGUUAACUCAUCGGAACCCCAAAUCUGUGAAUGUUUUCUGACACAGACACAAUAUAGCAAGCAAUUAGCGAAGAAUCUAAUAACAAUUUGAUGUUGAAGCUUACAUUUCAGAUAGCGACUUUUCGCAUUGAGAACCUAGUUAAGAAUUGAUGUUCAUUUAUUAAUUACCUGAGCAUUUUUUACUUCGACGGUUUUGAUUGAUGCUUAUGUAAUUAGUGAAUGUACGCUUGGCAGAACGAUAGUCACAAUGUAUUCCACUUAAGACUUCAAAAAGUAAAUUUCCAGUCCAGUAAUGAUUAUGACAUUAUGAUGAUAGUUGACAUUCGAACUGGAGUAGACAUUUUGAUUGAGACCGAAAUAAAGUUGUUUUACAAAUUGUCAA